CCCGACCAACAUUUUCCAAACUCAUCAGCAUUUUCAUAUAACGUUCUUUAGAUCGAGUAGUAGCUCAGCUUCUUGCUAAACCAGUUAAAGAAAUAGAGUACGAGAAGUAAGAGUCUGCUACCAUAUAUCAUGGGGCGUUGGGUGAAGAUUGUGAUGAUGCCCUGUGGAGAAUUCUUGGGGAGAGAAUGGAAUUUACAGGACGUAGUCAUAGCGACUGUCCUUUCAUCUAUGCACUUUCUUUGUUUAUUUGCACCCUUUUAUUUCACUUGGGGUGCAUUUUGGUUGGCCUUUGGACUCCAUAUGUUAACGGGUUUAGGAGUGACUCUGUCUUUCCAUAGAAAUCUUGCACACAAAAGUUUCAGGCUUCCGAAAUGGCUCGAGUACUUGUUUGCCUACAUUGCAGUUCUGUCACUUCAGGGUAGUCCGAUAGAAUGGGUGAGCUCACACCGUUACCACCACCAGUAUACCGAUACUCAGAAAGAUGUUCAUAGCCCCAUUCAAGGUUUUUGGUAUAGUCACAUUGGGUGGAUCAUCGAUAGCAGUUCUCGGUUUGGAAAGUAUGGAGGACUAAAGAACGUCCAAGAUCUGAAAAAGCAGGCCUUCUAUAGGUUUCUUCAUCAUACGUAUGUUAUACAUGCAGUUGUUCUACCUGGAAGUUUAUUAUAUGCCUUUGGCGGCCUUCCCUUCUUGGUUUGGGGACUGGUGAGAUUAAUUGCUUCUUCCCAUGUUUAACUUCUUGUUUUUUUUCUCAUUAGAGAAUGGUUUUACAUUAUUGUCGCAAGGCUUUACCACAUAUAGUUCACUUCUUAUUUUUUUUUUUCUUCUUCUUUGACUAACGAGGGAUGGAGAUUCAAACUCGGAAUCUCUACCCACAAGAGAUGUACUAGUAGAUGAUCUAUUUUGCACCACCUAUUUUGUACUACAGAGUACUUGGAGGAGCGAUUUUAGUGUGAAACUAUUCCGUAUAAGAUUAGAC